AUGCAGCAGGAGGAUUCAGAAUCUAAUCUGUACAAGCUACGAAAUGCAUAUGAUGAUGAUUUGAUGAUUAUUCCUGAAAUGGUUGAUUCAGCAUUAGCACACUUUUUCAUGAAACAAUUAUGGAAACCGAUGAGCUUGGAAAUACGCAUUGUGCCGGAAAUUCAGAAUCGUCGUAAUAUGACGCUUAUUAUAGGAGAUAAGGAGUCUAUGCACAUCGAAGAAAAUAAGUAUUUACAACCAUGUGUAUGUAAACGUCAGUUGGAAAAAGAAAUUCAAAAACUUCGAUUACAUUUGGCUUUCAAUGAAAUACGAAAGCGAUGGCAUCAGGUAUAUUCGGGAGACAUAAACACGAAAUCGCUUUACAAACAAGAUCUAUACAUGUCUAGAACCGGUAGUAGUACAUCAACCGCCAAACCGAUAGCUACCGCUGUCCGCAGAAGUGCGUCAUUUAACUGGCAAAGUUACGUCGGAGCUAUUCCAUCCGGCCAUUCCACGUUACAUCGAUCUUGUUCAUUCUAA